CGCUGGGGUGAUGAGGUUCGGUGCGGUUGUUUCUCUUCCGGGCCGUGCGCUCUUUCCAGCAGGGCUUUAGGGUCGCUGCAUCCGGAGUGACAGGCUCUUUGCAAACGAAUCAUUCGAGUUUCUGGUCUUUUUAAAAGAUCGUGCUGGUACGGUGGCCGAGGAGGUGUGCGCGCGCGGAAGUAGCCUGCAGUGCGUGUGCGCGCCAGGCCCGGGCAGAGCGCACGUGGCGCAGAGACAGCAUGUCUUUCCGAGGCGGAGGACGUGGAGGCUUUAAUCGAGGUGGCGGCGGCGGCUUCAGCCGUGGCGGCGGGAGCAAUAACCACUUCCGCGGCGGAGGCGGCGGCAGCUUCAGGGGCGGCGGCCGUGGAGGCUUUGGCAGAGGCGGCGGCCGCGGAGGCUUUAACAAAGGGCAAGACCAGGGACCCCCGGAACGCGUCGUCUUAUUAGGUGAGUUCCUGCAUCCCUGUGAAGACGACAUAGUCUGUAAAUGUACCACGGAAGAAAAUAAAGUGCCCUAUUUCAAUGCUCCUGUUUAUUUAGAAAACAAAGAACAAAUUGGAAAAGUGGACGAAAUAUUUGGACAACUUAGAGAUUUUUAUUUUUCAGUUAAAUUGUCAGAAAACAUGAAGGCAGGUUCCUUUAAAAAACUACAGAAGUUUUAUAUAGACCCAUACAAGCUGCUGCCACUGCAGAGGUUUCUGCCUCGUCCUCCAGGCGAGAAAGGACCCCCCAGAGGUGGCGGCAGGGGAGGUCGAGGAGGAGGAAGAGGAGGAGGAGGAGGCCGAGGUGGUGGAAGAGGUGGUGGCUUUAGAGGAGGAAGAGGAGGUGGAGGUGGCUUCAGAGGAGGAAGAGGGGGUGGCGGAUUCCGAGGAAGAGGACAUUAGCUGUGGCGGCUGACCGACCUUGCCAGUUGGCUUCUGCUGGAGCUGGGGUCUGCCUGAUUGGCAGUCUUGAAGAUGCCAUUCCGUGUCAGUGGGGCUGAGAACUCAGUGUCAUGUGGAAACCUCGGAGUACACCAGCCAAUUUUGCUCUAAAAGAGCGUGAAGAAGCUUGUGUUUUGAGCAUUGCCUGGCACUCUGUGGGUGCUUAAUAAACAGACAGGACUUUUCAUUGAAGCAAAUUUAACUUUUUAAAAUAAAAUGGUUUAUUCCUUCA